GUCAAAAUGGCAAAAUACUAUGUACUUCGAUCUAAAUAUCAGAUAGAAAGUACCCAAGGUUCUGGUUACAACUGGUAAAGAUGGCUGAACUUGUAAAUCACGUUUCUUUGCUCGUCGACACCUUACGCAAUAUCAAGUAUUAAAUUAAUUCUUCCAGGAGCCAUUGUUAAUUCCUUUCGCGACAGAAACUAGAAACCAAGCAUCGCUCAGCAAUACAAACAAUAUAAACACAGUAACUCAUAUAACAGCCUCUACCAUGUCAGCAGAUGUGUACUCAAAAGUAGCCGAGAAAAUGAAGCAGGAGAAUUUCACAGAGGAUGAGAUCAGGAUUCUUGCUAAAGCCAAAGAACAACUUUCUUCAUACACUACGGGUGGAUCCGUUUUCGGUGGCCUUGCAGGACUUCUACUUGCUAGAGCCAAGAACUUCAGAGGAUUUCAGGGUAUAGCCAUUCCUAUGGGUGGUGUCCUGAUUGGAUCCCAGAUUGGAUUAGUUAUGGGCGCAAUGUCAAGUGUUCAAACCAUUCAAUCUAUCCCUAAUUUCAGACGUGUCAUGACGAUCAUUCAAGAAGUCCGAGAAGACAGUACGAGGCCAGGAGGGCCAGGAGGACCAAUGCGACAUGACCGAGCAGCAACUAUGCCGACGCCUGGACAUCAUCGCUUUCCAAUCCAACAACGUAUGCCAUCUGAGCUUAUGACUGACGACGCAGUCCGACAACAGGUACAAGAAGUAUCAGCGUUCAAGGAUGGUGAUGGGUACCAUGGAGGUCAUGAUCCCAGCAAUGGAUCAAUGCGCUCAGAACAAAACUCCGCAUGGUCACAAGUGCCACAGAAAGUCAAAGAACUGCAGAGUAACUCUUCGAGCUGGAACCAAAUUCGUCAACAAAACAUGCCCAAAUCUGCUUGGAAUGAAAUCCGCGACGGACGCCAUCCAUCUUCGAGAACGUCUCAGGAGGAAGAUGCAGAGGAUAAGGAUGUUGACGAUGGCCACGCUAAUGCUCUUGAUAAUGUCAAAAAGCCAUCAUCAGUGAGAGCUUGGGAUCGUGUUCGUCAAAAUAGUAUAGAAGGUUUCGUAGGACCUGCUAGUCCUGCGCCAGAUGGUCCAAGUGAUUUCGCAAGGACGAGAGAGGAUCUGGAGUCAAAACCAUCUGUUAAGAAGAACCAAUAUGGAGACUUGUUGUAA